AAUGGUGUUUUGCAAUCAGAACAUCAGAAAUAGAUAGAAAGACAUGGAGAUCCCUGUGAUAGAUUUUAAUGAGCUGAAUGGUGAGAAGAGGAGCAAAACAAUGGCGCUUCUUCAUCAAGCCUGUGAAAAAUGGGGCUUCUUUCAAAUUGAGAACCAUGGAAUUGACAAAAAGUUGAUGGAGAAAGUGAAGCACUUAAUAAACACACACUAUGAGGAAAACUUGAAGGAAAGCUUCUAUGACUCUGAGAUAGCCAAAAGCUUAGAAAAAGGAAAUACCUCUGAUAUAGACUGGGAAAGCAGCUUCUUCAUUUGGCAUCACCCAACAUCUAACAUCAACAAAAUUGGAAACCUCUCGGAGGAUCUCUGCAAAACAAUGGAUGAAUACAUAGCUCAGCUGAUUAAGAUGGCAGAGAAGCUUUCUGAGCUCAUGUGUGAGAAUCUUGGUUUGGAGAAGGGUUACAUAAUGGAAGCAUUCUCGGGGAGCAAAGGUCCUUCUGUGGGGACAAAAGUGGCGAAGUACCCUCAAUGUCCUGAUCCAGGACUUGUUAGAGGACUUCGAGAGCACACUGACGCUGGUGGAAUUAUACUCUUACUCCAAGAUGACCUAGUUCCAGGUCUUGAAUUCUUCAAAGAUGGAGAAUGGGUAGAGAUUCCACCAUCCAAGAAUAAUACCAUCUUUGUGAACACAGGAGACCAAGUGGAAGUAUUGAGUAAUGGGAGGUAUAGAAGUACCUUGCACCGAGUCAUGGCUGACAAGAGUGGGAGCAGGCUCUCUAUUGCUACCUUCUACAAUCCUGCUGGUGAUGCCAUUAUCUCUCCAGCUUCAAAACUCUUAUAUCCCAAUCACUUCCGUUUUCAAGAUUACCUGAAUCUUUAUGCCACCACAAAGUUUACAGACAAGGGUCCCAGAAUGGAGUCUAUGAAGAACAUGGGUAAUGGUCACCAUGGUGUCAAAGCCUAGAAUAUACACGCAUCACUCAAUCAUGAGCCUCUGUCAGUUUCUGUUAUUGUUAUGUUUUCUUCAUGUUUUGUUUUUAGUCCAGCUAUCGCAAAUGUUAUGUUUUUCAAUUAUCAAUAGAGGGAAGAUAUGAUGCUUUUCUCCCUUUAAUCCACCCCAUUUCUUUCCUUGUUAAUUUUGAAUAUCAACAAACCAUUAAUGUUGCCCUGG